UCUGGCUUUCUACUAGUCUACAUUUGAAACAUAGAUCCCUUACAACAAAAAAAUAACAAUCACGCGGUAUUUGACAGUUCUCCUCCAUUCUUUGACAUUUACCCCACCCCUUCGCUCCGGGAAUCCUGGGUUGUUUACAUUACUGCCACGGGUCAGGAAUGGUAAGGGGCCGACGGACUCUUUCUGAAAGCAUAGCUAGCUAGCUACCUAUUCAACUAAUUUUACAAUUAGAGGUCUUCUCUGUUUUAGCACACAGGGAAAGGUGCAAGUUAAGAGCGGCCCAACAACUCGAAUGCAGCACGAUUUUGGAUUGGAAAAGUAAGCCCCAAAGCAAAGACAACCGCCAUCACCACCAGAAGACCGAAGGAAUAACGAGGCUCCCACUUCCUGAGGUGUGAGGGAUUGAUCUCCUGACACCAUGGACAUGGACGCCCAACCACAAGGCCAGCAGGCAGCAGUACCUAUAUUCCAGCCACAGAAGCCGCUCCAGCCGGACAUGGGACACAACUCUCUGGCUAACUUCCUGAUUGAGAAGAAGAUUGGGCGGGGCCAGUUCAGUGAGGUGUACCGGGCCAGGUACCUGAUGGACAAUACCUCCAUGGCCCUCAAGAAGGUUCAGAUAUUCGACUUGAUGGAUGCCAAAGCUCGGCAAGAUUGCAUCAAAGAAAUAGAUCUCCUAAAGCAACUGAACCACCCCAACGUGAUCAAGUACCAUGCGUCAUUUAUUGAGGAGAAUGAGCUGAACAUUGUGUUGGAGCUGGCUGAUGCUGGGGACCUCUCCCGGAUGAUCAAGCACUUUAAGAAGCAGCGGAGGUUGAUUCCAGAGAGGACAGUGUGGAAGUACUUUGUCCAGCUGUGCAGUGCACUGGAACACAUGCACUCCCGACGGGUCAUGCACAGAGAUAUCAAGCCAGCUAAUGUGUUCAUAACUGCCACAGGAGUGGUCAAGCUGGGAGAUCUGGGACUGGGAAGAUUCUUCAGCUCCAAAACCACCGCUGCCCAUUCUCUGGUGGGCACCCCCUACUACAUGUCUCCAGAGAGAAUACAUGAAAACGGAUACAACUUCAAAUCUGACAUCUGGUCGCUAGGCUGCCUGCUCUACGAGAUGGCAGCUCUCCAGAGCCCAUUCUAUGGUGAUAAGAUGAACCUGUACUCUCUGUGUAAGAAGAUUGAGCAGUGUGACUACCCUCCACUUCCAUCCGACCACUACUCUGAAGAGCUGAGAAAGGUGGUAGAUAUGUGUAUUAACCCCGACCCAGAGAAGAGGGCUGACAUCAUGAAUGUGUAUGAUAUCGCCAAACACAUGCAUGGCCAGACGCAGCUGGGCAGCUAAGUCUUCCCCGAAGACACACUACGACCUGCACUCCUCUCCUCUCCUCCUCUCUUCCCUCACCUCCACAGAAGGACAGGCAGACAUCGAUCUUGUCUUUCACACAAUCAUGUAUUCAGAAGUUCAGUUGUUCAGAGGUCUCUGUAAUUUUAAGGUGGUUUUGUUUAGGAGAAUGGAGUGCUGUCUGUAUGUGCCAGAUAUGUCCUCUCUCUAUUCCCAUUCAGCUUAAAGAUUGUUAAAGAUGUUCUAUUGGGCCCUGCCCUGCCCUGCCCGGCCCUGCCCUGCCCUGCCUUGCCCUGCCCUGCCCUGCCUGGCCCUGGGGUGAUGGAGGAGGACUUUCAGAUGAUUAGGAUCUCAAGUUAGAAUUGAACCCUUAGUAGUCUAGUCUGCUGAUUCCUGUGUUCCUGAUGUCAUUAAGUAGAAAUAGCAGCAUAUGUACUGUCUACAUACGGACACAGCCUGUGUCCCAGAGGAAUCUGCAAUAUGAAUGUUGAGUGUUGUAUUGUUCGUUUUUAAUAACAGAAUAUACUGUUAGAUGUAGAUUAUCUGUAGAUCUGAAAUAUCUAGAUCGAAACAAAAAUCCAGACGUUAAGAAGAAGAUAUCAAGUGUUUAGAAAUAUAGUUAAAUGUUGCCGUGUUGCACUUUUUACCCCGGUACUGACAGGGUGGUGUGGUGAAUGUAUCUAGGAGGGUUAUGUCUUUUAUCCCAAAGAGCAGGGUAGCAGUGUAGAGAGAGAGAGAGAGAGAGAACUAGGGAAGAGGUAGGUAGAGGUAGAGAGAUGUUGCAAGUUAACAGUGAGGUUAUACAUGUAUGAACUUGGUUGAAUGUAAUAAUAAUGUUACAAUUACAAAUAUAAAAGCUUUAAUUAUUAUAAUA